AUGUCUGACUACAAAGAAGAUGAAGAGCUAGACGACUUCAUUGUUUCUGAUGAAGAAGUGCCUUCUCCCCAAGAAGAGGAAACUGAAGCGCCUCAGCAAGAUCGAAUCACAGGUCUUACUACCAUGCUCAGAGUAAAUGAAUCCUUCACGUCCAAGGUAUUGAGAGCGCACAUAUCGGUUCUCGUGUCGGCAUUGGGAGGUCCAGAUCAUUCUUCUGAGGACGGACUAUAUAAAUUGGGCCACGACGCUUUGGCCUGCUUGAAAGAUAUCAAGAAGUGGAUCCGCAGUGUGGAUGAUAGGAAUAACUCGUCCGAGGUGGCACUCGCAUGCGCUGAGAAUGGAUUAGUUAAUAACGACUUGACAGUAAUAUUGUGUCAAUGGGAUAAACCGCCUCCAGGUGUUAAGAGAACGAAAACUACGGAUAAAAUAAUGCUUGCAUGUUUGGAAUUGCUAGUUCUACUUACGUGGCCCAUUGAAGUUAAUCGCAAAACUCUUCUCAAGGACUACACAUCGAAAACCAAUGCCAGACGUGCACAAUUGGUUUAUAAAAAACACAUAUUGGCAUACCAGGGAGGACAUACACUAAAAGCUAUCAUACGGUUGGGAUUGCGUGCUAUGCAGUUACCCAGAGAAGAUAGAGAACCUCGAGACGUGAACAUAUUACGUCUCAUUCUUUUCUUUAUUCGUAACUUGCUUUUCAUUGAACCUCUACCUGCAUCAAAGUCCCCAAAAGCCAUAACAAACUCUUCAGAUUUACCUAAUGGAAUGAGCCCGGAAGAUGUUGGUCUUAAUGCAGUCAUAGCUGCAUUUGAAAAUAAUAAAGUGCUCCUAUUUCUUACUUCCAUUGCACACUCUGUCCUGAGUGAAUUCAAUGACGAGACUUUUGGUGUCUUAGUGAUUGAAUGUCUAUCUUUACUUACUAGAGGUAUCAAAACGGAAAGCUUAUUCUCGACCAUACCGAAGGCUCCAGUAAGUGAUAUUUCAGAGAAUGUUCCCCCUGCAUCGUCAGCUGCUGGAUUGCAACUUCAAGAUCUUCUUUCAGAGGAAGAAAAACGCAAGAGGCGCCAAAAGAAUACAGUUUCCACCAGACAUGGAAGAUUUGGAACUCUUUUGUCUAUUCAAAGUUCUGACAACUCUUCAUAUUAUACUAUAUCUGGCCAAGAAGCUUUAGCCUCUACACUUGAAUCUUUGGAUAAGUUGGAUCGGACUAAGAAGUGGCAUAAAACAUCUGGUUUCAAGUAUGACUCUAACGAAUAUGUUAAAAAUUCCACUAUUUACCUCAAUCUGCAUUCGAUAAAAAUCAUAAAGAGAUUUAUUGACCUGUUACUAUCUAGCGGGUCUUAUAACAACUUACUUCUGUUUGUGGGUCGUCACUUAACGAAUAUUUCCAAUGAUCAUGACCUCGGGCGCAAAGUCAUUCUUGAUUCGGUUGAUCCACAUGAACUUGCAAGUUAUUUUUUGGUCAUUUCAUGGUUUUUUUCUUAUAAGAGAGAUCGGAAUAACUAUUACGCAAGGAAUAAAUUGGCACCCCUCGAUGAAGAAGAUAGCUUAGAUUAUGGAUCAGUCGGGUCAUCCUUGAGUGAGAUCAACUUCAUCCUUUUGACUUCUUAUUUACGUUCUGCUUACGAAGCUAAAGACUAUGAUUCACUACACGUCGCCUUGAUCUGUAUGCGUGGAAUGCUUCAAAUCUCAAAUGCAAUCUUUUCAUCGGAGCGUACCCAAAGGGAAAUGAACCCAUCUUCUGAGGAAGAUAUCAACCACGACAGAGAACUCGCUGAGGGCAUUAUUCGCAAGCUUUUCUCCCAAAAGCAAUUUUUGGACAUGAUUGUCAACAUCCCAAGGCAAGCCUCCAGACAUUCUCCCGAGUAUUUGUCAGUUGUUGUCUCUGUGGUCCACAUAGUUCUCAAAUGUUUCGAAACGUUAGCGAAUGAGGAUGUUAAGUUAUAUAUCCAAGGAAGAAGAAGGGUGAACAAGCUAGGGAAUCAGAGCGGCCUAAACCAUGAUAUGGACCGUCAGCACUGGCACCUAAUCGAUGCGGGAUCAGAUGAAGAGGAUUUUGAGCAAGAGAUUCGCUAUAUCAAUCAAGAACGGAAAUUGGACUUUAAGAAUACAGAGGUAAGAUUUUUCCAUACUGAAACGGUUUCCACGCAUAUAGCUUACUUGUCGAGGUUUGAGGAUCUCACUCAUGAAGAAAUCAAAAGGGGGAUCUCGUUUUUCCAUCGCUUGUUUGUCGUACGCAAAGAUUUUGCCGCAUUGUACAGACUUGAUUUUAUGAACUUGUUGUACAGAUUACGUGCAUAUCUACCAAGAUCUUCCAACAUUCGUCGGCAUGUUGAUGAUUUCAUAGUUUACUUCAUGAAAAAAUUCAAAACUGCAUUGGACAGAUUUCCCGUGGCAAUUGAACUUCUCUUUCCUAGGUUUGAAAACCUAGAGAUGAAAGGCUUUUUAAGCACCGGUGAUCUUGAGAGUACAAGUACAUCUUCAUCUAUUGGAGUGACAUCUGCCCGUGGGUUGCCCAAAUCUAGUUACUUCUCGGAGGAUGCACCGCAGCCAAGAGCAGCUGCCAUCCUCCGCUUCAAUGAUGAUAAUUUGACGCUUGAUGAGAAAAUUGGAGUAUUAAUCUACCACUUGAUCAAAAAGAAGAAUGGUAUCAAGAUUCUCAAAUUUUUGAUUGGCGAACUAGAAAGAUUAACAGCUUUGAAGGAAAAGGGAAUCAAUAAUUUGAUGUUAAGGCUUAACUUGACUAAUAGGAAACUCCUUAUAAAUGAACCGCAUUUGCGACUUUUAGUGGAAUCUAUCGGUUUUGAUUUGCCUUUCUUACAAAACGACGAGACUUCCUUGAAAACAUCAGUGGAGGCUUCAACGUUGGUUGAGGCAAAAAACUCCAUCGAUAAAUGGUUGAAACUACACGAAGAAGGUGUUGGCGACAUCGAACCAUUUCUUGAUCAAGUUCAUCAAGAGAUUUUUACGAAAGAACAGUUGAACUUCGGAAUAAUUGCUUUAUCGGACGUCCGUUCAGGGAGACCGAUUGAUCUAGCUACAGCAGAAGUAAUAGGGCUUAGACAAGAUCAGAUUGGUAAACUUAUUGGACUUGCCAAGAGAAAAGAAUACGAUGAAAUGGUAGCUGCACAAUAUGCUUUGGAAGAUGAGGAUUAUGAUAUUGAGCCCUCUGAUGCUGAGGAUAAUAGUUCCAUUAGUGGGAGAAGGAGAAAGAGAAUGAAGAAUAAAUCAUCUGAAACAACACUCCUGGAUUCAGUAAUUGAUGAUCUAGAUGACUUACCGAAGAAGCAGCGCAGGUCCAGACGUGAAAUACUCAAACGUAGUUUGGACUCAGACGAUGAUGCACCAGUUAAGUCAUCAGAGAUGGUGAAUGAUUCCGACGAUGAAUCUGAUGAUGAGAAGGUGAAGAGUUUUUAUGAAAAGGAGGAGCAGCUUCGUCAAUUGAUUUCACUGACGGGUGGAAUCAUGAACAAAACGCAGCUCGAAAUUUUCAAGGAAUCAUGGCAAAAAAUUGUAAACACAAACGAGGAUUCUCAGGUUAAAACUGCAAUCUCUAGGGCAGCUAGCUUGUUUGUCGACGACCUGGAUGAAAAUGAUGAUGAACUGCAGCCAAAGGAGUUUUCACACCAGAACACUACUGAUGAGUUACAACUAAAUCAGAAACGAACCCAAGAUGAGGGCCACGUCAUGGUCUCAAGAAAACGGAGAAUAGUUUUAGAGGAGGAAGAUGAAGAAUAG